AUGAAGCACAAAAUAUUGGAACUUUAUAGUGGUAUUGGAGGAAUGCACUGUGCAUGGAAGGAUUCAGGUUUAGAGGGUGAUAUAGUAGCUGCAAUAGAUAUUAACACAGUUGCAAAUGAGGUUUAUCGUGAAAACUUCCCCGAUACAUACCUAAUAACUAAAAACAUUCAAUCAUUAACAGUGUCAGAGAUAAACAAGCUUGAAGUUGAUACAAUUUUGAUGUCUCCACCAUGUCAACCAUUUACAAGGAAUGGCAAAUAUCUUGAUGAUAGUGAUCCAAGAACAAAUUCUUUCCUUUAUAUAAUUAGCAUUUUAAAAGAAUUAGUAAACAUUGAAAAUAUUUUAAUGGAAAAUGUUAAAGGCUUUGAAUGUUCCACAGUAAGAAAUUUAUUUAUCGAUAAAUUAAAAGAAUGCAACUUUGACUAUCAAGAGUUCCUUUUAUGUCCCAGUCAAAUUGGAGUGCCGAAUUCAAGACUACGGUACUACUGUUUAGGAAGAAGAAAGUCAUCCAAGUGGCACUAUGAAAGGAAAGAAGAAAUUAUAUCUGAGCCACCAUUUGAAGCUACAUCACUAUUUCCUCUACGGGAUAUCUUAGAGAAAACUGUGCUUGAGGUGUAUUACUUGAAUGACAAAGUAUUGAAAUGGGGAAAAGUUUUGGAUAUAUGCUAUAAAGAUUCAAGGAGGUCUUGUUGUUUUACCAAGGCAUAUUCUCAUUAUGUGGAUGGAACUGGUUCAGUUUUUACUGAAAUGAGCCCAGAAUUUGUAAAAAAUUGUUACUCUGAAGCAAAUAAGUUUGACAUUGGAAGUGAUGAAUAUAUUGCAAAACUCAAGGAGCUAAAAUUAAGAUUCUUCACCCCAAAAGAGGUUUUGGCAAUAAUGAUGUUUCCUAAAGACUAUGUCAUACCUGAUGGCACUACUAUGAAACAAAGUUACAGAUUAAUAGGGAAUAGUGUUAAUGUUAAAGUAAUAACUGAAUUAUUGAAAGUUUUAUUUAUGUAG